AUGGCGCCUCGAAAGACCCUUCGCGGAGACUCAAAGAGCAUGGUCAACUUUGACCCGUCCCAAUUCAUCACGAUCAUUGUGGGUGAAGACCCAGAUCAACGCCAGUUCUUAAUCCAUAAGACAUACAUCUGCGAACGCUCUGAGUUCUUCCGACGCGCCAUGAACGGGAACUGGACUGAGAGCAAAGAGCGCAUCGUCAGGCUGCCGGAGGACGAUCCAGCUGCUUUCGAAGUCUACAUCAAUCUUGUAUACACUGGCCUUCUACUCACCAAGAACACCGACGAGAAGAGGACAGAAGACACAAUAGGCGACGAAUUAGACAAACUCUGCAAGCUCUACGUCCUUGGCGAGAAGCUUCAAGAUAAGGCAGCGAAGAACUCUGCCCUUCAAGCCCUGCUAGUAGUCAGCCAAGAACAAGACACAGAAGGUCGUAUGUAUGUCCCCCGGAACAACGCUGUCUACGACAUGUACCACGGCACGUGUUCAGGUAGUCUUGGCCGUCGCCUUGUGGUCGAUAUCUGGACAACAAUCGAUACUGAGCACAUUUCCGACGGCGCGACUGAACUUCCCAAAGAGUUUCUUGUUGAACUCGCCGUCGCGCUCUCAUCCGAAAUCUCGAAAUACAAAUCGGGGGUGGAUAAGUUACCAAACAAGAGCAACUACAUGGAGAAGAUGGAUUGA